AUGAAAUCCCUGUAUCGGAAGGUGGAGAGCUUUGACGGGCAAACCAUUACCAUAAACGGGAAGCCCAGCUACGAGCUCGGCAGCUUCCUCGGGGGAGGGGCGGCCGGAGUGGUGUACGAGGGAACCGACUUGUCCGACAAGUCUCAGAUCAGACCCGUGGCGAUCAAGAUCCUAAACCCGGUCGGCUUCCGCCUGGCGCCCGCGGUUACGCUCCGCCGCUGCAUCGUGGCGAGGCGUGGCCAGCAGGUCGGGGGCAGCAGCAGCAGCAGCGGGGCGGGCGCCGCCGCCGCCGCCGCCUCCGAGGGUAGUAGCAGCGGCCACUCAUGCGGAGGGGCGGGGGGAGCUGCUGCCGUGGUUUCCGCAGGACCGGGGUCACCCGGAAGCGGCGGCGGGGGAGCGGGAGCCAGCAGGCAGCCGUCCAAGCUCGGGCCGGAGCACGUGUGGUGGCUGGUGAGCCCCAACACUAAGCAGGUGCUGGCGGCGUACAUGGACCCGAGGUACGGGAGCCUGGUAGAGCUCCCGCUGCCCAAGUGCAUCGAGAUCUGGGGGCUUAACCCCAGGACGGAUGCUCCCCCGUCCUCUCCCCCCGCCGCCGCCGCCGCCGCCACCGCAUCGUCCUCCGCGUGCCGCUCUCCGAACGCCGAGUUUUCUCAUCACGACUGCUGGAACGAGAACGGCAUGAUGGGGGGAGGGGGUUUCGACAUGGACGGAGGCGGUGAUUCGCCGGGAGGGGGGUUGUCCGGCGGCAGCGGCGGGCGGGGAGCGUUCGAAGUCCAGGUGGACGGCAUGGGGGUGUCGAUCCCGUGGCUGCCCCCCAAGUACGUGCAGUGGCUCGCCCAGCGCCGGAAGGUGAAGCGGGAGAUCAACAACAUGGGCAGGGUCGGGGGCCACAGCAACGUCCUCCAGCUGCUGUCGGUGCUCGAGCUCCUCCAGGACUCCAAGAGCACGCUCUUCCUCAUCCUGGAGCUCGUCACGGGGGGCGAGCUGCUGGACCACAUUAGGCUGGCGGGCGAGGAGGGAAGCCGGGUGGCCGGCUCGAGGGCGAAGGCCGCGUCGGCGCUGCGGGCGGCGGGCGCGGCGCAGAGAUACUUCUCCCAGUUGCUGUCCGGGCUGGCCUACUGCCACCGACGUGGGGUCUGCCACAGGGACUUGUCGCCGUCAAAUUUGCUGCUGGCGGAGUCGCCACAGGGAGACGCGCCGCCGGAGCUAAAGGUGGCCGAUUUCGGGCUGUCGGCGUGCUGCGGCGGGGCCUUUUCGUCGACUGGAAACGAGAACCAGGGCGCUCGAUCAAAAGAACGCCGGGGCCUCCCGCAGCGUGUGAGAUCCGUCGUGGGCAGCCCUUACUACAUGGCUCCCGAGGUUACCACCGGGAACUCUAAGGGGUACGACGGUUUCAAGGCGGACGCGUGGAGCUGCGGCGUGGUGUUGUACACCAUGCUGACCCAGAGCCUGCCCUUCGAUAGAGACCUCUCGCGGUGCCCCAGGUACAAACGUUUCAAGAUCUGGGUGGAGAAGCACAGGAUCGGGUCCUCGCAGCACACAGCAGCAGCAACAACAACAACAACAGCGUUACCCCGUGGUUCGUCCUCCUCGUCCUCCUCUUCCUCCUCCUCGGCGACGCCACCGUCAUCAUCGGGAGUUGCAUCGGAAGCGGCGUUACCGCAGCAAGCGUCGGCGUCGCCCAUACCGUCGCCCGUACCACCGUCGCCGUGCCCCACCAACCCGGCCCAAAAACACAAGCCACCGCACGGGUCCUCCGUGCUGAGAACCUCCGCCACCCCCCCCCCGGUGCCCCCGGCGUGGCUCUUCCCACCAAUGAUCCCGCCGGCGGCGAGGGACCUCCUCGUGUCGCUGCUCGUCCCUAACCCUUCCCGCCGCAUGAGCGUGGAGCAGGCGCUUUCGCACCCGUGGCUUGAAGGCGGCUGGGGGAGCGAGGCAGCCGGUGGCGGGACUCCCGCCGCCGCCGCCGCUGCUACGGCCGCCAGGGAACUUCGGCAGCCAACGCUAAGGCGUCGCUGCUGGCGAGGGAGAGAGGGGGCGGCGCGACAGCGAACGCUGAUGCGAAAAAGAAGAACGCCGAGCCCGUCCGCGAAUGGGCCUCGGCGAUCCCUUCCACGACCUCCUUCCCGUGAUUUGGACGGAAAGAAAUAAAAAGUGGAACACGUGAAUAUCACCACAUGACAUGUUUUUUUUGCUUCUUUUUUUGUUUUUUGACGAAACUAACGGUUGUGCUUGUGCUGGCUGCGUUGCAUUGGGGGGGGCGGGGGAAGGGAGAUCGAAGCGAAAUAAGUCUGUUCUCCGUGUUGGUUGUGUAUGUGUCGUUGUUCUUUGGUCGUGUCUCGGUGAUACUGUAGAGAGUCGUCGUGUGUCAUGUCUCGGUGAUGCGGAGUCGUGGUAUGCCUCGAGAAACGCGGGAGCAAGCGCCCGCAAGCCGCUUUUUAGAGCAGCGCGCGACUAUAAGUUAAGCGAGGCGCGGGGGAGCGAGUGCCCGGAAGCCGCUUUUUAGAGCAGUGCGCGACUAUAAGUUAAGCGAGGCGCGGGGGAGCGAGUGCCCGGAAGCCGCUUUUUAGAGCAGCGCGCGACUAUAAGUUAAGAGAGGCGCGGGGGAGCGAGUUACCGGGGCGGAUGGAUUGACUCGGUGGUGGGGGUUAGGCAUGAGAGAGACAUGUGGUAGCAACACGAGAAGCAGAGUUUAACGAAUACCAGAACGGGGCUCUUGUAAGCUAGAGAUAGGACCACAAGCAAGCGCGCUUUUUUGGCCAUGUGGCGGCCCAUGAUGUGGCGGCCCGUGGCCUAUUGUUUGUCUUCCUCCCCGGACAUUAUGUCUGGGUUGUCUGGUGGAGGAUAGGUUGCGUACGGCGGCGUGAUCUGAACGGGACGAUGACUUGCGAGGCGAGGCGCUGUAUGCCCCAACCAGUGUGUGUUUGUGCUUCGUCGCCGCUGGUUUGUUUUAAAGAUCGGGGAGUUGGGGGGGGUGACGGAAGGAAAAUAGGGAGGAAAACAGUUUGGCUACGGGGUUUCAGCAACGGUUGCGUCUAUCUCCCCUUGGUCGGUGCGGUGUCGUGGGAUUAAUUGUUGUCCUUUUGCGGUAACGCCGUGGGUCCCGGACAUGUGCGCCGCGGGAGCGGUGGAGCAGUAGAAGGAGUCCGGUAGUCGGGUAGUGUUCGUUGCCUAUCGUAUUGGGGGACCGCCUCGCUUGUUUGCCUCCCUUCUUGAGGCCGAACCGUCGCCAAUCGCCCUGCCUUGUCGGCCGAACCCGCCGCAGUAGCGAAAUUUUGUUGGUAGCAGCGGCGUUUUGAUUUCCGCAGUUUUUUGGGCGGUCCGCUCGUUCCGUUGUCCGAGCUUUUUUGGGCGGGGCGGUAGAAGAGAGAAAGCGACGAAGGGAGCAAUUAUUAUGGGAGCCACGAUCCAUUCCAAUCCCCACGAAAUGUUGUCGGGACAAGACAGCUCGAACCAAAAUUGCGUGUGGGGGGGUUUUUGGGGGUAAUUUAACUGCUUGCGUGACCCGGGGGGGGGGGGUCGUACUCAUGGAACGGGGUAACUGCGUAUCCAUAAUUGAUGCUUUUCCCGGCACCUAACGCCCGGUGCGUUUGUGUCUGUUCAUAUGUAAGAGAGAGAGAGGGUAGUUUUUCCGGGGGGGUUGUAACGUUUUUUUCACAAAGUGGUGCAUGUCUUUUGUCUGUUUCCCUUGCCGCGUGUGCGUGUCGUGUGUCCUGGUAGUAGGCGCCCGCCCGCCCACAAGAUGUUGAUUGAUUGAUUGAUUGGUUUGUCUUCUUUUAUUUGUGAAGUAUGCUUACUUCCUCGUUGCAGUUCUGGCUCGUCUGUUUGUUGCUUGGUCUCCGUGCGCGGCACCCAGGAGAAGGGGAGGCAGAGCGGUGUGUUUUGUGUGUGUGUUGGAGAAUUUACGCUUGCCUCCUGCAUGUGCCGCCACCGCCGCCUUCAGCCUCCGUUUGACUCUUGCUUGAACGCUUAUCCGGAAAAGAUCUAUCUCAAGCGCCGUUUGUUGUUCGGUGCGUGUUUCCUCAUGUAUUUGUGUAUAGCUCGGCUACAUAGCACGGCACCUCCGCGAGGUUGGAAAUGGUACCCAGGGUGGACUUGAAGUUUGUGUUGCGUAAGGCCAGGCCUAUCUAUUCCGUGUGUGUUGCUGCCAGAAGUGGGUGCCACGUGUAUGUCUAGAGAGCCCCGUGUAUUUUCAUGGCCCUCAACCUCCGCGCUACAGCGGGGGAAGGAUCGAGCCUAGCCUGUGGAAUGUGCUAUGUACCGUGGCAUGAAGUCAUGCGGAGAGCUGGGCGUAGAGCAACUGCGUGAGCGUCAAUUAGAGAACCACUACCAGUG